AUGCCUACCCAUGUCGCAAUUAUUGGAGGCGGUCUUUCCGGCCUUUCAGCGGCGUUCCAUUUGUCGAGGCGGUUCCCCAGCACUCUCAUCACAAUUAUCGAAAAGCACACCAACCUUGGCGGCUGGGCACAAAGCGAUCGGAUACAAGUCAAGGACGAGCACGGCCGGCCAUCGUCAGUGCUGCUAGAGUCAGGCCCCCGAACCUUGCGCCCCAAUGCGAACUCGGUUCUCGAGCUGGUUCACCUUCUCGGUCUCAAGGACUCGCUAGUCUUGACACCCAGAAGCGCUGCUGCUGCCCGGAAACGGUUUCUGUACAUAUACGGCACGAAGGGCCUCACACCCCUCCCUUCCAGCGUCGCGACUCUCAUAUCCUCGCCGCUCCGGUCUCUGUUCUUGCGUGCAGGUCUCCGAGACACCUUCAUCGGACGUCGGCAUCGUGCUGGAGACGAAAGCGUGGACUCGUUCUUGUCACGACAUUUCGGAGAAGAUUUCGCACUGACGCUGGGGAGCGCACUCGUGCAUGGGAUCUACGCUGCCGAUUCGCGGAAGUUGAGCGUGCGUGCGGCGUUCCCGACGCUUUGCGAGGCGGAGAAACGAGGUCGCGGGAGAGUGAUUGCCGGCUCGUUCUUGUCGUCACCCACGGCCGCGAAUGAGUAUGACCUGGGCGAUAUGAAGUCGGUAAUGGACGGGAUAUCCGUCUAUUCGUUCCGCGAUGGCCUUUCGACUAUCGCGAACGCUCUGCAAGCGCACCUAGCUUCUAAACCCAACGUUCGCCUGCUCCUCGGAACUGGGGUGUCACGGCUAUCGAUAGGUGACGAUGUGGAGGUUACCACGUCUACAGGGGAACAGAUAAGGCCCACCCAUGUCGUCUCCGCGUUACCACUCCCCCAGCUCCAAGCCCUCCUUCCACCAUCCUCGCUACCGCACCUCGACGCCAACCCCUCGUCAUCGGUCACGGUGGCGAAUUUCGUAUUUCCAGCGUCAUCCCGCUUCCAUCCCGAAGGGUUUGGAUACUUGAUUCCGCGUCCCAGGGCGGGCUACGGAACGGCUGAAAAUCCAGGCAUCCUUGGUACGGUCUUUGACUCGUGCUCGCUCGCAGCGCAGGACACGCCUUGCACUCCGCCGAUCAAGGUCACGAUGAUGCUCGGUGGCCCGUAUGGACGCGCGGAUAUGGCAGAGUCUACGCUGCUCCGGCAUCUGGGAUUGCAUCUAGGGGGUGUGAGACUGCCGGAGGUGCUGCAUUCGCGUAUGCAGCAUCAUCGGGACUGCAUACCCACGUUUACUCCAGGGCAUGUGGAGCGAAUGGGCGAGCUGCGACGGGUUCUACGUGAAGGGCCAUGGAAAGGCCGUUUAGAAGUGAUUGGUGCUGGUGUUGGGGGAGUUAGUGUUGGUGACUGCGUUGAAGCUGGAAGGAACGUUGGUACGGAUUGGUAG